UAGACGUGCUCGAGUUCACGCCUGUUUCGCUUAACUUCGGAUCGAACCACGAUCUUCAUCUCGAAGCUCGAAACGAAGCUCGAGGCAACUUCGCUCAGCUUUGCACCUCUUACAAGUACAAUACAAUACACCAUAUCACGGCGGACAACAUGGGCUACCUCUACACCAUUGCAGGCUACGCCCUGCUCUUUUCCGUUGCCUACGCCCUCUACCGAUUAUCUCAAGGCCAGAAAGCUGGAAAUCAACCACGGGCUCAAAUCAAGCCGGCCAAGAGCUCGCAGGCGGAGACUCGUAAGGAGGACCGCAAGAAGAAGCAGCGCCAGGAGGCCUUCGCAUCAGAGGCACAGGAGGCUUCCAAGAAACCCAAGGCUGAAUCAGAGACCAGCGCUUGGACAAGUAGUGCGAAGGACAAAGACGACAAUGUCGACAAUCGCGAAUUUGCCCGACAAUUGGCAAAGGCCAAGGAAGGCACCAAGUUUGCUGCCAAAUCUGAUGCUGGUAAGCAGCGAGAGAAGUCUGUCAAGCAAUCUCGCGCCAACAAGGUGGCCAGUGCCGCCGAGGAGAAGGAGUCGGCUCCGUCAUCUACCACUGGUGCCGACGCCGAUGAUGACCAGUCUCCUGUAACCUCACCUGAGGUCGGUCCCGCAGUCGCAGUCGCAGGCGAUGUUUCCGACAUGCUCGAAACCGCUCCCGCUCGCCCAACAGUUCUUCGUCUGACCGACACGGAGCCCAAAAAGCAGAAUAAGAAGACUCCCAAGGCUGAGGCUCCUGUUGAGACCAAGAAGCAGCGCCAGAACCGCAAGAAGGCCGAGGCAGCCAAGGCUGCUCGUGAGGAAUCUGAGAAGGAGCGAAAGGUUCUUGAGGAGAAGCAACGCCGCGCCGCUCGCAUUGCCGAGGGACGUGCUGCUAAGGACGGCUCCCAGUUCACUGCUGCCCAGAGCAAGUCAUCUGCUUGGAAGGAGGGAGCUCCCAAGGCCCCCGAAGCUGCCCAGACGAAUGGCUUUCAUCAGCCCCUCGACACAUAUGAGGAAGCCCCCGCUUCUGCAGUCAAUGCCCCCAAGAGCACCGACCGCAAGUGGAUUGAGUCUCUACCUUCUGAAGAGGAGCAGAUCCAGCUCCUUCAGAACGAUGAUGACUGGAGCACUGUCAAGACCAAGUCUAAGAAGGGUGCUAAGAAUGCUACUUCAGCUGGAUCUGGCGACGAGGCUGCGGCCCGCCCCGCCGUCCAGCCCAAGCAACCUACCGGGCCUAACAAGGCUUCUCAGCCUUCUCAGUCAUUUGGAUCUUUCUCGGCAUUGACUACUAAGGGCGACGCUGCUGAGGAAGAGGAGGAAGAAGAAUGGGAUGUUUAAGAAGAGCAGGUCCCAGAUGGAUACAUUGCGUGUUUUUGAGGCAUGCCAUUACACUUUUCUUGUCACCUGUCUGUAACUUGACUAUUUCUUUUUCCAUCAACGAAUUUCUGCCACAGUUUGGAUCAAGAGGCAGUCUGCCGUCCGAACACGUGCCAAGACGUUGGUGGAGUGCG